AACCCGCAGUCCUGUGCAACAGCCUGCGCCGCUGAGAGAUGACAGAGCCAAUCUCAGCGCACACACGGCCCUGGGAGCUCGGAGCUGCUGCGUAGAGCCGCCGCACCAAAAAGACUCGGAGACGCACAGCACCUCUACUUCUUUUUUCUGAUUUCAAGCGAAAAGGGACUUAAAGCCGUGAAAUUGAGGGAUUUUUUUUUUUAUCUCUGUCUCUCAGUCCGAACGUGGCCAUUUGCUCAAUGUCAUCAUGAUCAUCUUCUCGUCGCGCAGUGUACUGCUGUCAGUCUACUAUCCACAGAUCUUCCUCAUCCUGACGAGUGGCAGCUACCUGGCCCUGUCCUCGGUGGUGGCUCUGGGUGCCAACAUCAUCUGCAACAAGAUUCCCGGGCUGGCACCUCGCCAGCGGGCCAUCUGCCAGAGCCGCCCGGACGCCAUCAUUGUUGUGGGUGAAGGCGCCCAGAUGGGCAUCAAUGAGUGUCAAUACCAAUUCCGAUACGGACGCUGGAACUGUUCGGCGCUGGGAGAAAGGACAGUCUUCGGUCAGGAGCUGCGAGUAGGCAGCCGGGAAGCAGCGUUCACCUAUGCCAUCACAGCAGCAGGGGUGGCCCACGCCAUUACAGCAGCCUGCAGCCAGGGCAACCUGAGCCAGUGUGGCUGCGACCGUGAGAAGCAGGGGUAUUACAAUCAGGAGGAGGGCUGGAAGUGGGGAGGCUGCUCAGCCGACAUUAAGUACGGCAUCGAGUUCUCCCGCCGCUUCGUGGAUGCCCGCGAGAUUAAAAAGACCCCACGCCGCCUGAUGAACUUGCAUAACAAUGAGGCAGGGAGGAAGGUUCUAGAAGAAAGGAUGAAGCUAGAGUGCAAGUGCCACGGUGUCUCAGGAUCCUGCACGACCAAAACCUGUUGGACUACACUUCCAAAGUUCCGCGAGAUUGGCUACGUACUCAAGGACAAGUACAAUGAAGCUGUGCAUGUGGAGGUAGUCCGGGCUAGCCGACUUCGACAGCCCACCCACCUCAAGGUGAAGCAGACUCAGGGCUACCGCAAGCCCAUGGAGACCGAUCUCGUCUACAUCGAGAGGUCGCCCAACUACUGCGAGGAGGAUGCGGCCACAGGGAGUGUGGGCACGCAGGGACGCCUGUGCAACCGCACUUCACCACACACAGAUGGCUGCGACCUUAUGUGCUGCGGCCGGGGCUACAAUACACACCAGUACACCAAAGUGUGGCAGUGCAAUUGUAAGUUCCAAUGGUGCUGCUUCGUCAAGUGCAACACAUGCAGUGAGAGGACGGAGGUGUUUACCUGCAAAUAAGGACAUGAGGAACUCAGUGCCAGGAAUUGAGGCGCCAAGUACAAGCUGAAUGAGGAAGACCUGGUAGAGCGAGAUAAAAGUGUGACUGGGACCAGUGAGGGAUUUUGAAAUAAAAGGAAUGGAGAGUUACACUAUCAGCUCUUCAUGGCAUCGUUUUGCACAGCAGAAUCUUAUCUAAUUGCUUUUCAGAAAGUAAAUGCUAAAUAUCAGUAGGUAAUACCCAAGAACUUUACUGUCACAUAGAGGUUAUGCUCAUGUACUGAUGUAUCCGCAGUGAAGUUGGGACUACACGUACUGAAUGAGGCCCUCGGUCGUAACUGUGCGUUGCACUCUAGGAAUUUGUAACUGUUCAUUUCUCAAGAGACUCGUGCACGGAGAGGAAACGCAGUACCCCGGGAGUGGAUCAAAAUGACUGCAGCUGAUGAGUGGGGACUGAGAGAGAUUUGUCAAGUCUUGAUUGAAAACUUUUAAGGGUUUUGUCGUAUUCUCACUCCAGGGGAGCAAAAGUGAAUCUUGACAUGAAUCGCCCCCUCCCCCAAACUGUUUGGGGCUAAUGUUAGAGGUUUGCAGAAAUGAAGAACAUUUUGUAAGUAUGGUGCGUUCAGGUGUACCAAAAUCUGAGAGGAGAACUCUGUUAGACCCUCUGCUGCCAACUGGAAUAUGGUGGAGUAUGUUAGUUUUCCAGUCACACUGGAACUGUCUGUUCUGAACACUGAAAAUAAAUUGUUUAUUUAUGUUAUAGUAUCUUAAAAACGAA